AUGCCCCCACGACGUGGACUGAUGCCCCCACGACCGCGCGCAUCGGGUGAAGAUUCGUUCGCCGCCAGACACAAUGUGAGUAGAUGGCACACACUGCAUACAUCCUGAGUCAUUUUUUGGUGCUCUCGCUUUCAGAUCUCCCUCUCAGGUCUGCAGUCGAGCUCGCAGACGAACCGCCGUGCGGAUCUUCCUCUCCACUUUGCUGCCUGGCGUCACACACCAUCACUGACUGUCCACAUCGGGUGAGCAAGGAAACAGAGCACACGCAUCAAUGGCGUGUAUUCAGAGUGGCUCCAGAUGGAUGCGGCUGCGUGUGUAUGUGUGCAGGUUUGGUUUUUGCUUUCCCACUUGUCACAUCGCCGCUGGCUUGCCACCAGCUCACGUAAGGGGGCAAACAAGGCGCUCUCAGACAGUCCGUCUGCAUGCCACUCUGUGUUGUUCAUUGUGCAGAUAUCUCAGUCACUGAUGGCGUCCGACUCUGUUCCCUCUCUGUGGGCCCUCUCACUCAAGACGGUCUCACACACACUCGACGACCUCACCAGGCGGCCGGCACUCGUCACACAGAUCGACAAGCAGCCGUCCACAGAGAUCCCCAGAGGCGUCACCCUGCCAGCCGUCCUGCAGCAGCGCAUCGAGCGGGCCAUACAUGAGGAAGGUCUUCAUGACCUCUUGGCCUUCGACAUUCCUGACGUGGCGGGGGCCCUCAGGACGACCCAUGUGCUGGAGCGAUGCAGCGGCCACUGGAAGGUGAUGAAGCCCUUCAUCCGCCUGGCCUUCAUCUAUCGGCUUUCCCCCAAUGCGACGCGGCCCCUCGUGGUGUCGGCUGAUUCGCUGCCCACCGCAUCAGCAUUCGAUGAGCUGCUCCUCACCAUGGCCGCCUACAAGACAUUCGGACACUUGCUCAGCUACAAAGGGACCAGCCUGGCGCUACAGCGAGCUUCCAACGGUGCCUAUCGGAUCGGCGAUCAUUCGUUUCGUGUGGUGCCGUUGGGCGAUCUGCCGGCAGAUCAUGCCUACCGCAGCACAUACAAGGACAGCGACCCCGUCAUCCGCCGUGGGGACUAUCUCUAUCCAUCAUUCACGACAUUCAUCAAGCGGAUGGUCCUGGAGUGGUGUGACCAAGAGGGGGUGGAGGAGAAGCUGGUGACUGGUGUUAACGAUGUCGGUCGUGACGACAGCCACUAUCAAUCCCUGCUGACGGCACCGACCAUCGAGGGCUACAAGACCGUCGACUACAUCGAUGAGCAUACAUUCGUCCCGGGAGAUGACGGGCGCCUACGGAUCAUCAUCCUCAAAGGCACAGCAGCCGACGACACCAUUGCGGCGUACCUGUUGCUGGAAAAUGGCCAGAUCAGCCUCUGGACGACCGAGGCGGCGACGGAGGGCAGCACGGGCAUCGAGCGCUAUCCCAUUGCCGUGGCGGCUGCCCGCCCCCUUUUGGGCAAGUACGGGCUCGAGAGGACAGUGCUCCGACAGACAGCUUAGCCAACGACACAGUGGUGAGGCGGGAGGGGGGAUUCGUGUGAGGGGGAGAGUAGGCGCGGUAAUGCCAUAUGGCUCCUCUCAUUCCUUGUGGGGUGGGGUGGAACAAUGUCUGCAGGUGUCGCAUCACUCUGUUGGCGGGGCAGUGGGGCGGAUUAGUGCCGCUGACGAGGGGAGUGGGGCGUCGAUCAUAGCGCAUCUCUCUGGGAGGAGGUGACGUAGCUGGCUGACCGCGUACGGCCGACUGGCCGACUGGCUGGCUGCUGGUGUGAUGAAUGAGUGACUGAUGGCUGGCGCCUGUCAUGAUUUGCUGCAUUGCCGAUGGACUCGAGCCAGCGGCGAACUAACCAAUCAAUCAAUUAAUGCAUUUGGACGUAUCAAUUAGUGUAUGGCCAGCACAAAAGCAC